CCUAACCCUUUUUCAUCAUAAUCUUUCUUCUUCACCACCUUUAUAAACGCCUUCCUUUCUUCUUAUUCUCAUCAUCUAAAUCUGUCUCUCUCUCUCUUUUUCUCUCUCAAAAUCACCAUAGCCAUAGAUUUAUUAUAUAUAUAUAUAUGUCCCAAGGAGAAUUAUCAGUACUACUAAUGGGUACUGAUCAGAGCAGUACUUUCUUACAGUGGGAUGAAAACAAUCCAUGGCUAUUACCAAACCCCUUCUCCAACUUAGAAAACUAUUCAUUGCCUGCCGCCGACGCAGGCAAUGAAUCCGCUGAACAAAAUAACAAGAUGGCUGCGGCCGCCACAGCCUCAAACUCUGAUGGCGGUGGCGGCCUCCAGCAAGGUGUGGCCCCCGAACCGAAUGGAUUCGGGUUAGUUAAUAAUAAUAAGAGGGGUAGAGGUGGUGGUAAUGUAGGUGUUUGUAAUAAGAAAGGGAAAAGGAUCAUGAGUAGUACGACUACUACUGAGGAUGAUGAUCAACCAGCUGGUGUGAUGAUCAAGAAUGAAGGAAAAGAUGGCAACCGUGGCGGUGGCGGUGGCGGUGAUUCCGACCAUGAAAUACAUAUUUGGACGGAGAGAGAGAGGAGGAAGAAGAUGAGGAACAUGUUUGCUAAUCUUCAUGCUUUGCUUCCUCAACUCCCUUCUAAGGCAGACAAAUCCACCAUUGUUGAUGAAGCAGUGAACUACAUUCGAAACCUUCAACAAACUCUUGAUAAGCUAGAAAAGCAAAAGCUAGAAAAGGUUCAAGCUACCCAUAAUACUUUUCAUGACCAACCACCCUCAUCAUCAUCAUCAAUCAUGAAUAUUCUCAAUAAUAAUAAUAAUAAUAAUAAUAAUAAUAAUCCACAACUACCAAAGCUUGUGUAUUUACCUGCUAACAACAACAACAACAACAACCCUAGUAGUAACAAUAAUAAUGUAGUGUUCCACACCUGGAUUUCUCCGAAUGUGGUACUCAACUUGUGUGGUGAAGAAGCUCAUAUCAAUGUCUGUUCUCCUAAGAAGGCUGGUCUCUUCACUUCCAUUUGCCAUGUUUUGGACAAGUAUAAGAUUUCCAUUAUUUCUGCUCAGAUUUCAUCCCAUUCUAUUCGAAACAUGUUUAUGAUUCAUGCACGUGUUAGUGGAGUGGGUUCAGAUGAGUUCUUUGAGGCUUUCAAUUCUGUGGAAGAAUUAUACAAGCAAGCUGUUUCAGAGAUAGCCUUGUGGGUGCCUUCUAAUUAAUUAAUUGGUUAAUUAUAUAUAUAUAUAUGUUAUAAUUAAUCAGAUUAUUAUUAUUAUGAGACUUUUGCUUAUUUAAAUUGCUCCAGAAUUUUGGUUAUCCAUUUACUUAUUUAAAGGAUAUAUAUGGAACUUAAGGGUAUGUAAAUAUAUUUAAUUUAUUUCAGAAAAAUUCAGCCUAGUAGUAUAAAAUCUUCAUCAUUCAUAAAUAUAUAUCAUAUUUUGCAUUUUCUUAUAUUAUAAUUAAGUUGUUGAUUUCUUUUUCAUAUGCAUGCUGCAACUUUUUUGUGUGGCACUUCUUAAUAAAUAAUUAAUUUUAUUACAUUUAAUUACUUAUUAUAUUAUU